AUCUUUUAUUCAUUUAAUAGAUGAGGGUUUCAGUCUUGUUCAAUUUUCUUUUGCAGGUUGGGCAAGAAUUAGUACCGUUGCUGCGAGAUUACAAUAUGCGGCCUCAGGCUUUAUCUUCCUAUGUGUUUAUAGCUGCAAAUAUCAUCCUUCACUCAACUGAAGAGUACAAGUCCAGGCAUCUGAGUGCUUUACUGCCUUGUAUAAUUCCUUUGUUGACCUCACACCAUCAUACACUACGUGGUUUCACCCAGUUAUUAGUGCGUCAAGUUCUUCAAAAAUUGUUGCCAUCAGAUUCUAGUUUCUAUGCAACCAUGACUUUAGAAGAAAGGUGCUUUCAAGAUUUGAGAUCGUACUUGCAAGAUAAUCCUGACUGUGCACGGUUAAGAGCAUCAAUGGAAGGUUACCUUGAUGCUUUUGAUCCAAAGAAGUCGGUCACACCAGCUGGAAUUUUCAGUACUAGAGUUGAGGAACUUGAAUUCGAAUGUGUACCAGCAACCCUCAUGGAUCAAGUAAUUAAUUUUCUAAAUGGGACUAGGGAGGAUCUCAGAUGCUCAAUGGCCAAAGAUGCAGCAGCUAUCAAGAACGAAAGCUUGCUUGUUGACAAUGAUGGAAAGUGCAAGGAGAUAACUGGAAAUCUUACCGAAGGGCAAACAGUUCUACCGCUGCAAGAUAUAUCACUAGAUUUCCAAAGGAAAAUUACUGUUUCCAAACAUGAAAUGCAAAGUAUUGCUUCUACCGUCUUGUUGGAAAAUGAAGGACCAUUAAAAUCACUACUAGGUAACUGGAUUCAAUACUAAUUUCGUAUUGCUAGGCAUCACCAAUUUGGUAUGAGAAGGUGAAUUACACAGAAGAAGCAUAAUAUAAAUUGCCCAUGCAGAUAAUCCGUUCGAUCAGUAAGUUCAUUGCUAGAGUAGUUUAGCUUGUGUGCUUGUCACUUGCUCCAUGGACGUAAUGUGCUUUCCUGGAAUUUCCUCCCCAUCCAUUCCCUCGAGGAAAAUUUCGUCUUGCUUUUUUAUCUCAGCCUUGCUUCUAUGUUAAGUGUCCCACAUUGGUUAAGGUAAUGACUAGUUGUCUCCUUAUAUAAUCUUGGAUAGUCCUCACGUCAUGGGCUGGCUCCUUUUGGUUGAGUUAGGCUCAAGGUUUAUUUUCUUAGUAUGGUACCAGAGUCAGACCCAUCUCAAUUCUUGGUUUACGCAAUGUUGGAUUCCCAUGUUAUGUGUCCGCACUACAGGUGUCCACCCUUGGGCGUGGGGGGGCCCUGUGUUUAAUGUUUCCCAUUAGUAGAGAGAAUAGGUUGUAGUCUCCUUGUAUGGUCUUAGGCAAUAGAGUAGAGAUGGAUUAUCCACUGUCAAAUCUCAUUUGUAAGAGGUUAUUAGUGAGGAAUGGAUUUUCCCUCAUUGCUCUACUUGGAUUCCCGGAGCACCAAGAAAGGUAUGUUUCUUUAUGUGGUUGGUGGCAACGGAAGUGAUUUUGACAGCAAAAAAUCUGCGAAAAAGGAGGAUCACCUAUGCCAGUUGGUGCUUCAUGUGUAAAAGCUUGGAUGAACAUGUAGAUCAUCUACUAUUGCAUUUUCAAGUGGCUAAUCGUUUGUGGAGGGUGGUUCCUAAUUUGUUUGGGGUGCGAUGAGUGAUGCCGGGUUUAGUGAAGAAGGCGUUAGAUAGUUGGGCUCACAAGAGGGGAGAGAGAAGUCCAAGGGCAUGGAGUGUUGCCCCCAUAGCAAUCAUAUGGUUUAUUUGGAAUGAGAGAAAUAUGAGGGCAUUUGAAGGAGUGGAACAAGAUUUUGUAAAACUAUAAAGUAGUCUUUUGUUUCUAGUUUCUUCUUGUUAGUUUACAUAUAUGUAUAUUGUAGUCUUGUCCCACAUUGGAAGAGGAGUAAUAUCUCCUUGUAGUGUAUAGCUAUAAAUAGGGACCUCUUGUAUU